AUCUGUCUGCUGGUUCUGCUUCUCUUUUCAUGCCUCUCUCCAUCGGGCCGCGCUCCGGUUUGUGUCUGUUCUGUGGACCUUGGCGAGAUAUGAAGCGGCGCCAUGGGUUUCAUGGAAUUCUACCUGGAGAUUGACCCGGUCACCCUCAACCUCAUCAUCUUGGUAGCCAGCUACGUCAUCCUACUCCUGGUUUUCCUCAUCUCCUGCAUCCUGUAUGACUGCCGUGGCAAAGACCCCACUAAGGAGUACACCCAGGACGCCACCCCGGCGCCGCCCAGCCAGUCCCCCAUACGCCUGGUGGUCAUGCAGAACUCGCCCGCCUCGGGCCGCUAUGAGCCCAACAGCACCUCGGGUCACGGAGAGCCGCAAACGCCUGACCUGAGCCGGGACAGAGCGGAGAGGGAGAGGGAGAAGAGGAGCACUCUGGUCUGAGGAAGAGGAGUUCUGAGUCUGACCCGUCUUUUUACUCUUUUGAAAACUGUCUUCCCUCUCUCUAGAAGAUGAGCUGCCAAACAGCCUGCAGGGGUUUAACUCAUGACUUCAGGACUGACAUGGACUCGGGAAACAGGACCUGAUCAGGACCAACUGAUUGCCCAUUGGAGCUCCAAACUACCAGCAUCGACCUUCAUUCAUGAAACUCACCGUCCCUGGAACCCAACCACAGUCCAGACAGGAUGAUGGGCCGUGUGGCGUUCACUGACCUCACGUGGAUCUGGUGCUUUCUCACACAGCUUCUGCUGUAAGAGGAGUUAAAAUCAGUUGAACAGAAUCAUGUCAGGGGGUAUUAGGGGGGAGUCGAGCCCUUCUCUCUGGUGACUCCACAGAACUGUCAGAAUCUCUGGUUCUGGUCUGGUUCACUGCAGGACUCGCCCUCUCUGGAUCAAAUCCUCUUACAUAAAAAUGAAACUGGUUGCAUCCUAUCCAUCAUGUGAAUUGCACAGCCCCCCUCCCCCAUUUCAUGUUUAGGGAUUAUACGCUGACCGCUGAAGAGUAUUAAGAGCUUGUGUUAUGUUGUUGUGUUGUUUGUGUUCCCUCUCUGCUGUUUUUGCUGUCACUGGGGGAGGGGGGGGGGUUAUAUAAACUGGAGGUUGUCAGAGAUCUUGUUGUGCAGUUUUGAACCAGCAGUUCAUCUGAUGUCAGCAUGAGGUUUAGAGCCACCGCUUUCACUUUUCUCUUUGGGAAUGUCUAGAUUUCUAAAGGAAAAGAAGGAGUUAGAUAUUGUUGUUCAAACGUGCUUUACUGUAACAAACUAGGCUAAUGUCUGGCUGCAAGCUUUAAUGGGUAGUUAUUAGUUACAUUAUUAUUAGGGCUGGGUUGAUAAAAUCAAUUAAUCGAUUCAAAUCAAUUUAAGCUUAAUAAAUUAAUAAUUGAUUCAUAAAA